AUGGCAAGAAGCCAAGGCUUGUUGUUCUUCGUGGCGGUGGUUGUGGCCGUAUCAUUGUUACCGGUACCAACAAUGGCGGGUCGUCUAGAGAUAAGGAAUGAGAUCGAAGGGGUCGCUGUCCGGAAAGCGAAGCUGUCCAUGAGAUGCUGGUCGAACGAGGACGACCUAGGGUGGGACGUGCUAAAGCCAUUGGAGUCACGGUUGUGGAAGUUCACGACCAUGAACAUGUGGCCGUUCCAGAGGACUGAGUUCCGGUGCCAGUUUCGAAGCGGGUUUGGAACAACGAGCCAAGAAGUGAUGACUGUGUUCUCUGUCCGAAAAGGGUUUCGGAAGGAAUGCGGAUUCGAAGGAGAUGAGUGCACUUGGGUAGCAAAGAGAGAUGGUUUCUAUCUGAGGAAGGCCAGAAGGGACAAGGAUGAUUUUAAGACCUUUGAUGAUAUCCUCAAGAGCAAAUGGGUUUGGAAAUGGUGA